AUGUUCAAGCUGGUGGUGUUGUCCGCGAUCCUCGCUUCGGCAGCUUGCAAGCCCAGUGGCGUUGCUUCUCUAUGGGGUGGACACUUAGCUGCUCCUUGGGCAGCCGCAGUCGCUGCUCCCUUAGCAGCUCACGUUGCUGCACCCAUUGCCGCAGCUCCUCUUGCUCCCGUCGGUGCUUACAACUAUAGAGGUCCACUCUCUCUUGCUCCUGGUCAGCCUGCCAACAUAUUGGCCCACGACGGACGCCCACUGGAUACCCUUAGUGUCAAUGUUGACCGUGCAGUCCAUUAUACCGCAAAAGCACUCGACCCCGCUGCACAUGGCUGGCAUGGCGCGCAUCUGUUAGGCAAGAGAUCAGUAGUUGCCCCCUGGGCAGUUGCUCCCGCAGCUGCUUGGGCUCAUUCCGCACGCAUCGACAUCCCUGCCCAUGUGGUUGCGCCUGCCGCUCUAGCAGUCACUGCACCCGUUGCUCAUUUGGGAUUGGCACAUGGUGCUAUCUUAGGACAUGGCCAUUGG